GGGGGUUGCAUUUAAUAAGGGAAAAACUAAGUUUUGAUUUUUAACAGUGAUAUCUCUAAACGAAGCAUUAGUGGUAAUUCUGUUUGAAUUACAAGUAUUUUCGGAUUUCUUACGUUUUUCGGAUGUUUGUCAAAGUGUUAGCCAUGAUCAGGUGCAGUGAAGUAGAUGAGACGUCCUUCCAUAAUUAAUCAACUGGAUAAUUAACUGGAUUUGACAACAUUGUGAAAUUUGAAUACAGAAGGAUUUAUUUUCGAGACUUCCUAAUUGACUAGAUUUUGGAAUUUCGAAGACAGCACUGAGAAAAAAGAACAUUAGAAGACUUAAUAAGUUUAUAGACAAUAAACAUUGCCCAAGGCAAAGGCUGUAUGUUUGAUGGUAGAAAGAGUGUUAGUUAGUAGACGAUAAAGUCUUUAUAAUACACCAGUUGUUUAUAUUAGAAUUCCUUUAUCGUCUUAAGUGAUUGUGUAAACAAAUAGUUCAUUUGAACAGUGAUGAUAAAAUUGGUAAUUAAGAUAUAAUACAGAGGUCCAGCAUAUGUUAGCCCACCAUCACUUGAUUUUAACAUAGCUUUUAAUCGGGCAGACAACAGAUGUUUCUCCAUAGAAGGUGUAUAUAUAGACCAAAUUAACAUCACACUUAAGAAUGAUGUAUUUGUAACAAUGAAACAUAAAAAUGACAGUUUUGUGGCAAUUAUGUGUUUUUGGAGGUUUUAAUUUCAACUUGAGGAAUUGUUCAGUGUGAAAUGAUGGUUAACUUGAAUUUACAUGGAUUUUAUGUUCUAAACAUGACCUGAAAUAUUCUCGAAAUGGAGCUAAAGGUAUGGGUGGAUGGAAUCAAACGAGUUGUAUGCGGUGUUACUGAUAAUACUACCUGCCAGGAUAUUGUUAUUGCACUCGCCCAAGCUAUGGGGCGAACUGGGCGCUUCACGCUCAUUGAGAAAUGGAGGGAAAAUGAGCGCCCCCUUGCCCCCACGGAGUGCCCUUUAAUCGUGUUACAGAAAUGGGGCGAGUUUGCGAUGGAGGUGAAAUUAAUUUUGUAUGAAUCUGGGACACGAAAGAAGCAUAAAAGUGGUGGUGAAAAGGAGAAUACGGGUGUAAAUCCUCCAGACAGGUUUGCACACAGUUUUACGCCACCCAUUAAGACGAGCGAGGCAGUAGUAAUAAGGCGGUCGCUAACAUUCAGCGGUGGAAGGAAGUCAAAUGGUGGUCCAAGGCAGGAAUUGUUUAACGAUUCACAGCGGCACAAUGGAAAUCCUGCUAUAAUUGCACCACCUGUAAAAAAUUUGUUUUUAGGACAGCCAGAAAAGUUGACAAGUGACAGUAAUUCAAUGUCAAGUAAUUCCUCUUAUGCAUCACAGAAUUCAAUGUUAAUGCAAACACAUCAGCGGUCAUCAUCGCAUGAAAGACCACCAAAUAUUUCAUAUGAACAUCCUCAGCCUUCAACCCUGAUGCAUUCCUUGCCACAACCACUAGAUAAUCAUUUCAGUACAUUACCACAUCCAGCAAAUCAAAGACUCGUAGAUUCAAAACAAGUUGCCCAUGUAACUCCAGCAAUUACACAGCCGAUUCCAAACCACAAACCGCAAAUACCAUCAGCGUCAAAUACUGGUGUUAAACCCAAUAAUGUUCCUAUGGCAAAUGUAUCAAGCAACUCGUCCUAUUCUGUGGGGCAAAUAUCAAACCACUCGGACACUGCUCCAAAAUUUUCGUCAGCUUUUCAGCCAGUCUCAAGAAAAGACGUGAGGCAAAAACAAAACCACUAUCAGCAAAAACCUGACAUUCCUGUGUACACUGAUGUUCGACAGACUAGUCACAAGCACAACAGCGCAGAAAUGUAUGACCUCGACAACAACUUCCCCGAUGUUGUCAAGGAAACGGGGCGUGAGUUCCUAAUUGAGGAAUAUCAUGUCCCAGGAAACCAAGGUCAGGGUGGCAGUAACCAUAGGAACAGAGCUAUUUGGGAGGAAGAGGAAAGGGUAAAACUACUCCGCCUUGUUACUAUGCAGAACGAGCGCAUUAAAAUGCAGGAUUCCCAACUGGAUAUUAUUAACACAGAAAUAAGUUCGAGAGAGCAGAAGCUUGAAGACUUAAAACUGCACAUUGGUCAGGUGACAGAAGAAAUUUCGAAACUGAAUGCCCUAAGUGAGGCCAAACAACAAGAGAUUCAGGCUCUAGACAAUGGUAAACUCAUUGAUGAUAUGGAAGAAGAGAAGGUGAAAGAGAAAGAAAUAAAAAAUGAAAUAAGUGGACUACGGGAUCGUCUUCAGAAAUGUGAGAACGAUCUUAAACAGUUUCAGAUCAAAGUGAACAAAUGUUCGACAGAUUUAGAGCAUGAACAAGAUGUGCUAAAAACAGACGAGAAACGACGAAAGGAGGAAGUUUUGAGACUGCAAAAUGAGAUUUCAGAAUUAAAGAAAGAUCUUAAUGAACGAAUGAGGGAGAGUGAGGAGAAGGGUAGACAGUUUGCACAUGUGGAAGAGGAGCUCAAAGGAAUCAGUGAGGAGUUAGCUAAGAAGACUGAAGAUCUGAUGACUACAGAGAAAGAACUCAACCGAGAGAACCUGAAAUUCUUCCAGCCACAACAGAGCAGCGGUACCAAGUCUGUGGAGGCCAAUGGAGAAGCAGUCCUCAAGGUUCUGGAGGGAGGUGUCAAGUCACAGAUGAGCGCACACGGGAGUCGCGCCCGAAUACUCUCCAACCCCCUGACCAUACUGGAUGUGGCCAAUAACAAACCUGGGGUCUGGGUUUGAAUAAUGGAUGUCCGGCCUAGAAAAAACUAAUGUCUGGGUUUUAAACCUUGAACCGGACAUUCUGAUUUGGCCAAGGACUAGGGUUUGAGUCCUAGAGAUGGCAAACAACAAAUCUGGUGUCUGGUUCAAAUUCAAGAGGUGGCAAACAACAAACCUCUUGCCUCGGUAUAAAUCCUGAUAUCUGGCUAAGAACAAGUCUAGUAUCUGGGUUUGAAUUCUUGAAAGCACAAACAACAAAUCUGGCAUCUGGGUCGAAUGAAGAGGUGUCCAACAACAACCUGACAUCUUGGUUUAAGUCAAGAGGUAGACAACAAAAACAUGACAUCUGGUUCAAAUUCAAUAAGUGGUCAACAACAAACCUGACGUCUGAGUUUGAAUCCUGGUUCAUCUGGAGUUGAAAUGCUAUGACUAAUUUUGAAGUCUAGGUUUAAAACCUGUACCUUGCUAGGCACAAAUUUUGUUUUCUGGGCUGGAAUCUUUGAAUGAGCCUCAAACAUGUAUUAUGAAGCCUAAGCCCCAUUAAUUUUUGCUGCUAUGCUUGAUGGUGAUAUGAAUUAGAAGAUUUUAAAACUGUUGAAUUACUUCUUGCGCAAAAUUAUUUUUUUCACUGUAUGACUUAGCUCCAUAAUUGAUCUGAACAUACUUAAUUUAACUUCCACUAGAGCUUGGUUAUUGUGUAAUUAUUAGCAUCAUUUUAGCAAGUAUGCUAGCUAAUCCAGAUUUAGUCAAGAAAUUUUGUAACAAAGAUAAAACAAAGAAAUAUAUAUCAUAUAUCCGAAGUAUAGACUUGUAAGUGAACAAAGUUAUUUUGGGUUGUUAAAAUAUAAUUGCCUUUAUAACUAUGUUUUACUGAUAAAUAAAAAAAAAUAAGUUUACUAAUCAGUGAUUACAUGGGAUAUUAAGUGUGUUGUAAUUGUUCUCAUUUACAGGCUGGAUCUGAAUUUAAAUUUGAUAUUAAUGGAAAGCGUGUAAAUUAUUUACAUCAUUGAGUUGUAUUUAUUUAUUUCAAAGUCUGAACACCUUCUUUGAUAUUUGUUGGUUUAAAGUUUUAUACUGUUCUUUUUAAGACUUUUGUCUGGUAUUUUAAUUCCUUAUUUAAUUUAUAAAAGACACUUUAUAAUAGAGUAUGAAGUUGUUGUUGUUUUUUAAUUUAGGAAAAGGAAUCCAUUCAAGAGCCUUGUUUCUUACAAUAAAUAUUUCUGUGUGCUAGCAGAGAGCUUUUAAUAAACAAAGUGAGUAUAUACUGGUUGAAAUGUAUUUUAUACUGCGAUAGUAAACUUGAAAUGUGUUGCUUCAAUAUAAUUAUAUCAAGCAAUUAAUUAAUGUAACCUGUUAAAAUUUUGAAGUGCGUUGUGUCGAGGUUGAAAUGAAGUUUCAUAGAAACAAAAAGAUACUUUUAGUUAAUAUGUUGCCAUGCUUGCCUUUUAAUGUUUAUUUGCAGGAAAGGUUCACAGCCCUGUUUUGUGAAUUUUAGGAGAAAUUGGCAUGGGGAAAUAAAUGGUAAUUGUUAAAUUGUUUUAUUUUUCAUGUAAAUCUGAAUUCUAGUUUGUUAAUUUGCUUUAAACAUUAUACAUUAUUGUAAUUUAACAAUACUAAGGGGAAUGUUUAUCUUAAAUUAGGGGAAAUUUAAACACUAUUAUAUUCCUCAUUAAAUCAAAAUAUUUAAAAAGAAAACAAGUCAUUUUGUUAGUUUUAUUGUAAAUUAUCUGUGAAAGAAUACCACAAAAUACCACAAGAUUGUGCUUUUUGUGACAGUGCUGCAUGUUGGAGUGAAUUUUAUGCAUACACUUUUUAUCCAGAUGUUUACCAAUCAUUCAUGUUUGUAUAUUCUUAGUCUACUAUUAGCGAUGUUAUGUUUAAAUUAAACAACAAAACACAUUAUGUUUUUCUUAACCUUCCUAUAGCAUAAAAAUGGAUUUGGAACACAUAAAUUGCGUUUAAAGAACUUAUUAAAAGCCUUAAUUUUUUCAAAAAUAAACAAAUUAAUAUUUGUGCUACUUUUUGUAAUUGUUGCUUGUGCUGUUAAAUAAUUAUUAUUUAAAACAAUUGAGUACUGGAUCUGUAAUGUUCACAGGAGAGUAUAUUAAAUUAUUAACUAGCAUUUUGGAACAGAUAAAUUAUUAUCCCCCGCCAUAGGCGGAGGGAUAUUGUUUUGGCGUUGUCCGUCCGUCUGUCCGUCCGUCUUUCCGUCCAUCCGGCACUUUUGUGUCUGGAGCCAUAUCUUGGAAGUGCUUUGGCAGAUUUCAUUGAAACUUGGUAUGAGUAUAUAUAUAGAUAAGAGGAUGAUGCACCCCAAAUGGCAUUGUACGCCAUUGGAUAAUAACGGAGUUAUGGCCCUUUGUAUCUAGAAAUGCUUUUUUGAGUGUCAAACACUUGUUUCCAGAUGCAUAUUGGCGGGGAUAUCAAUUCAACGAAUUUGCUUGUUAAAUGUAAAUCCUGCUUAAGAAAAAGUAAAUUAACUUUCAAAAUGCAUUGAUUUUUCUUUGAACUUGGGCUUGCAACUAUUGCUAGUAACAAAUGGAGGCAAAUGCAGAUUAUUGUAAUUCUUGAGUUCUACUACAAAGCUAAUGUGAUGAAAGGUGUACUUUAUGAUUUUAAGCUCAUCUGAGCAUAAAGUGCACAAGGUGAGAUAUUGGGAUCAUCCUAUGUUCUGCGUCCAUCACUGUGCUGUGUGCGGCGUCUAUUUUUAGCUCAUUACCAUUCUAGAGGCCACUCUUGUAUUCCAAUA